GGCACCUCGCACUCUCUGUCAGGUUUUGGUGGAUGGAGGUUUGUGUCAGUCCCUCUGGCCUCUGACAGGUUUCCUCACUGCUUCACUUCAGGAGUUUACAAGAUGAUGGGAAGCUGCAGGGGCAUGCCCUCCUCCCUCUACCGAUCCAGAUAUGUCAGCUGGUGUGCAGACUCUGCAGAGUCACCAGCACCUGCAAACACACCAGUGGCAGCUACAGAGCCCUCUCACCAAAACCAUCUGUGGAUCAGUUCAGGAUCAGUUCCUCUUCUCCUUCUGUCACCACCUGAGACUGGUGGAGAAGAAACAAAAGCUACAUUUUCCCAUCAGUGCUCACAGCCAGCUUUCACAGAGAUGACGUAUCACAAGGCCUCAACACAUUCCCAUCACUCCCAGUUGAAUCCACACUGCAGCUCUGCACAGCACCACAGUGACACAGCCACUAACAGUCAUAGUGAUGCUGGUGAGGGCGAUGAUAGUGAGGAAAGCAGACAGGGGAACUUGAGCCUUCCAGAGAUCAAUGACGGGAGCAAGGAGGACGCAGAGAUUGAAGGGUUCCACCUUCCCAGGAGCAGUCCGGUCAUCUCCAGACGCCCUAGGCCCCUCUCCUGGCAUGGCAGCAGGCCCGGCACGCCCAAUCCUCCGCGCUCGGGCUCCCCCUCCUCUGGCUCACUGUCCCUGGAUCAGUGUGGGCGCCUGACACUCAGCAGCAGGGAGGACCUGGAAUCCAAACAGGGCUCCUGUCCUCAUGCCGUCUCGCUCCUGGAGGACAAAAAGCAGCGCUACGUCUCUGCCUCAGCAAAUCAGAACAGAUUCCUAAAUUCUUGGCUCCACCUUCUUGUCAGUGGACAGCAGGGAUUGGCUGAGGAGCACAGAGGGCGAAGUCUAACCAGCUGCGAUGCCCCUCACCAACCAGACUGUGCUACCUCAACACAAAACAGCAAUGACAGCAGGUGGAGCGGAAUCCCAGAAUUCUCUGCAGACAUCUUCAGGACUAGUUGUGAGCUGGAAAAGGAAAAUGCUCAUUUCGUGGUGGUGGACAUGGUGCUGGAGGUGCUUGAAGGUGUAAAAUGGACUCUGAGCUUUGACCAGUGGACUUCCUCGAUAGACAUGCACCAACACACAGACUGCAGCAGCAUGUAUACACACAGUCACCCAAACUCUGCAGAGGACAGCCCGCCACACGGACACAGGCAUGCACAGAACUGCAGCGCAGGUGAUGGCAAACAAGAGAAUAACAAGCACAAAGGAGAUGAAACCACACACUCCUCUGAAGACGCACACACACACCAGUGCACACAGGAUACAGAGGAGGAGGAAGCAGGAAGUGAUGAAGCUGAACGUCAAAUGAAAACCUUCUCUGUGCUCUCCAAUGACAGUGGGUUUGAAGACUAUGGAGGGGACGCUACACCGACUCCGGAGGAUUCUCUCAGACAUGCAGAGACUCUGGCGCAGCAGCUGGUGAUGGAGUUCAGGAGGAGCUGGUUUCCUUCCCACGGGCCUCAGCGUGGACGGCAGAGCCUCCGCAGUUCACUUCAGGAGCUGCCUGGUACUGGAAGUGUAGUGGUGAGCAGCGACAGCCUGGCUGAGGAGAUCAGACUGAGGACCAGGAUGAGAGGAUCCCUGAGCUGGGCCCCGCCACGUUUCCAGAUCAUCUUCACUGCUCAGCCAGCACACAGACGCAGUGACGUGGUGGCUUUGCAACACUUCCUGUGUGCAGGCUGUGGGACAAAGGUGGAGUCCAGGUACAUCAAGAAACUGCGGUAUUGUCAUUACCUUGGCAGGUAUUUCUGUGACUGCUGCCACAGCGGCUCGGAGUCUGUGAUUCCUGGUCGAGUUCUGUCCUGCUGGGACUUUGGCAGGUACCCUGUUAGUGAUUUCUCCAAACAACUGCUGGAGUCGGUCUGGCAUCAGCCUCUGUUUGACUUGACCUGCGUUGGGAAGACGCUCUACAGCCGAGUGAAAGAGCUCAACAAGUUCAGGGAGCUGCAAGAACAGCUGCAGAACAUCAAGAAGCUGCUGAAAGCCUGCAGGUUAUCAGGAAGGGUGAUGAGCGAGUUUGAGCAGUUUCCUGCUCACCUGGUGGAAUCGUCACUUUUGUUCUCCAUGGAUGAUCUUUUGAGAGCAAAGAAGGGUCAGCUUGUGGUGCAGGCCAGAGCACUGCUGCACUCCGCCAUCGAUCAUGUGGAAAACUGUAAGCUGUGUCUGGCCCGAGGUUUUAUCUGUGAGUUCUGCCGAGAAAGGGACGUCAUCUUUCCUUUUCAGAGGGACAUAUGUAGGCGCUGCCCAGUGUGCAAAGCCUGCUUUCACAAAAACUGUUUUGAGGAAAAGAAGUGUCCAAAAUGUGCUCGAAUUCAGUCACGGAAAAAACAUCCAGCUGGAUCCAUGGAGUGUGACUGAACAGCUGCAGCUCAGUACACGGUGGCUCAUGUACCACCCAGCUACAGUACAUGUCUGUAUAUGAAAUUAUAUCUAUAUACUCAUACCUUCUUAGUGUGUAUUCAAAUAAAGUACUAAAAGUAAUAAAGUACUCU